AUGGAAACCGCUGAGGACAACAGUAAGGACGCCUUCUACGACGAACUCAAUGCGUUGAUGUCUAAAAUACCCAGUCAGCCAGCAAGUGGUCAUUGUCGCAAUCAACGCAAAUGCUCGAAUACUCGAAACGGAAUCGGACUCGAACAACAAUCCGAUGAGCUAGGGAAAUGGUAUUAUCCAGCGGCGUGCACGUCGGACAACAGUGAUCGUCAGGUCGACUUAAGUGAACAGGCGACCCUUAUCAUCGUUUCCACGUUUAAAAGGAAUCAUCGACGCCAUCAGCCCACGUGCUUGGGUUUGACCCUUUUAACGCCUAAAGAGCAGCUCAAGCGAAAGAUGAGGACUCUUAAGCUUCAGCUCGACUACGUUCUGGCGAGGAACAUUCCUCAGUCAGAUAUCCGAAAAUCCAGAGCUGUUUUGGACGUUGUUUUUGAGUUCAGCCACCGUUCUUCUCAGCCUUAA